AUGCUUGUUUCAGAGAGUGGUCUCGUUCGACAUCCGAGAUAUAAGAGCUCCUCGUAUCAUGGCCCUCUCCAGGAGCUCCCUCUGGAACCAUUCCUGUCCGGGCGCACUGGUAGUAUCCGACCUCGCAAACGACCUCGUUCCCCGGGAGGUUCUGUAACAUGCAGUCCACCUAAACGACGUAUCUUGUGUGCGGAAAACGAAAAUUCCCAUGAGAUAGCGCAGCGCUCGAUGUUGGCUACGGCGAGUGGAAAUUUCGCCUCGUCUUCCUUCAACAUCCUCCCUCACGGCCUGACCGACCUCACCCUAAAGCCUCAGUUCAGCCUUGCAGACCGCACGCUUCCAAAAUUAGUCCAAGUUGGUGCAACGCUCGAAGCAGAUGUUUUAACUGAGGCGACCAUCUCCAUAUCGACUCCUGGUCCCUCGAUGUCUCAUGGCGAUGCCCAAGCAGACGCGUUCCUCACAAGACCCCCUGGCUUAUUACUGUCUGCAGAAGCUACACAAUUAAUGCCUCCGCCUUCGACCAUUCCUCCCGAUCGUCAGUCCUUCCACUAUCCAGGGUUCGAUGUCUAUUUCGACCCCUACGAUGCUUACCCGGAUGAAAAAGAGCGGGAGCCUAAGCCUGACACACAGUCGAAAGUCGGUUAUUACGGAAAUCUCUUUGUGGUCGAGCCGUCGAGACAGGACAAAGAAUGCGAGAAGGAGAAUGUAGCAAGCAUUGACGUCAAGGACAGUCCCGACGGAUAUCCUUUGGUAAUCGGGCGAUCUAGGCGGGAUAGAGAGUACGAGAAGGAGAAUGUACCGCCCCGAAUUCCUCGACAUCGCGGCGCUGCCGAUGGAGUUCCCAACCACGUAGCUUGGGUCAAAGCAAAUUUGUUUUCACCAAGCCUGAAGCGGAAGGAGAUUGGUUCAGCCAGGGAAGCAUCAAUGUCGGCAUCGCCAAGGACGAAGAGAGCUCGUGAAGAGUUCGCGAUCAUGCAUCGCUCCGACGAUAUCUUGAGAUUUUGGGAGGGCAAUGGAUCCCGUUUGAUCAACACAAGCUCCGUGCGCAUGGAGAAUGAGAGGGCGGACGCGCCUCUCUGA